AUGCAGUCAACCCCCAUAGUAGUAACGCGGCAACUGCCUAACCGUGAGCAGAGACAUAGGCUACAGCAGUUUUGGGCGAACAAGUAUAGAAAUUUAAGACAACGCCCCCUUAAAUUUCUUGUAGAUGAAUAUGAACCAAGAGGUCGGUAUUUCGACUUUGUUGAAGCGGACAGUUGGUUCCGUAUCAGAGGAAUCCCCCACGAGGUAUCUAGACCUCCUGUUGACGACCCGGAAUGGAAUGAGGGUGUUCCCGAUCCAAGCGAGCCAUGGAUCCCCUUUAAAAGGUGGAUGAUGGAUAUCGCCCGAACUUGGACGCGGCCCUGGCCAAGAGAAUCUGACCUAAAUGUAAACGAGGAUACAGUCGGGGACUUAUACCGUCAUGACUGUUCUCGAAUGAACUUCUUUAGGGUUAUGAGAUACCGGAUUUCCAAGCACAAAUCAUAUGCCUAUUGGACGCAAUUUGCACGAAAGCAUCAACAUACAGCUUUGACGGACCCUUUUGAAUUCUUGGACGGCCGGACACCGAGUGAUGACGUGCCUAGACCGGAAAGAGCUGUAUUACAUCGCGCGACUCAGCGGCAGUCGCUAAUAUUUCUCACCCUAAUUGGUCUAAAUAACUAUGGCAUCGAGGAUGAAACGAUCAAUAAUACGGGCGUUGAAGCAUUGAGGCAUUUCAUACGAUCACCCGCUGUCAUGGAACCUUGGCUCGAAUUUCGCCAUGACUAUUUACGGCAUCAUCCCAAUAUGUCAAAUCCCGUAUGGAAUACAUUGCAGCCUGCAUUGGCAAUUCCGGAUAUUCAGAACCUGAGAAGAAGGGUUUAUUUGGCACCCAACCCUGACAAACACAACUGGAGUCUUAUGGACCAUGCCGUACGAUUUAUAAUGGUGUUAUACCAUCGCGGCCGCCAGAUGGCUGAGGCUAGGGAACGCGAAGGCCUUGACGACGUUCACUGUCCAUGGGAGUUUUAUUUUACCAGCGAAGUAUCAGCUACUGAUAUGGAAGAUCGACACUGGUUCGGGUUCUCCUUGUUGAUGUUCCUCGUUAGCUCUUGGCAAUAUAACCGUUUACAUCCUCACCCGGAGUAUGAGCGGGUCCUUACCCCAGCAUUAUAUACUGAGUAUGAACCGCAUAAUUGGGAGUGGGAACAAAUCGAUGGCGAUGUCGGUAUGCUUGACCUAUCCCCUACUUCAAAGUGGGAAUGUGGAGAUCGUAUUAAAACGAAGUUCGAUUUCGGCAGAGCCUAUUGCAGUGGCUUCAUUGGUAGCUGGGAACAAGGACAAUUUUAUGAAGAUGAAAGUGAUACCCCGAUUGAUGAUAAUGGUUAUCGUGUUCCGUUGAAACGAAGCUUGAUCCGAAGUUAUGACGAAUUUGAAGAAAGCUAG